CCUCGGCUGUGUUGAUGAAUUUCAGGAUUUGGGUGUACUUGGUGCUUGCAUGGGACGGUUGGAUCCUGAACUAGAAUUGUUGUUUAGUGAUAAUGCAGGGCAGUUACAAUUGAAUAUUUCAUUGAUUCAUUCAAAACAAGUCAGGUUUGGGUUGAGCUUCCCUGUGCUCUCUGUCUCAAAUAACUUGUUUGGUACAGGUAACCUUUGGCUGGUUCGUACUUUGUUGUUGCUGCAGUGUGGUAUGGUGAUGCCUGUCUGGCCAAUGGUUCAUAUGGAGAUCCUUUUUGUUGAUAAUGAAGUUGGACUGAGGUUUUUCCUGUUUGAAGGUUCCUUGAAACAAGCUAUAGCUUUUGUUUUCCAAGUCCUGAUGGUAUUUUAUCGACCUACUGAGCAGGGGAAGUGUCCUGAUCUGCAGUUGCCUAUAACUUCAAUCAGUUUCAAAUUUUCUUGCUUUCAAGAUCUUAGGCAGCAGGUUGUCUUUGCUUUUUACAACUUCCACGAAGUGAAGCAUUCAAAAUGGAUGUUACUGAACUCUAAACUGAAAAGACAUUGUCUGCUUAAUAGGCAAUUACCUAUGUUUGAGUGCACUUUGAUAACAUUAAGGCACUUCAGAAUGGAACCAAUCGGAUACAUGGUUCUCCUGCUUUCAAAGACUCGUCAGUUGAGGGUUUAAGAAGGAUAAAGUAUAGGCCGGUCAUCAGCCUUAUGGGUGUCUCCAGAGAGUCUAGUUUUCUGGAAGUUGGCCAGUUUUCUGGAAGUUCUGAGGAGCAUAGAAAUAUUCCCCAGUUUGCUCUUUCUUUUGGUGCUGCACCUACUUUCUUUAUUAGGUUGCAUCUUAAGCUACUUAUGGAACGUAGUCUUGCUUGCACCAGCUUUCGUGAUUGUGACUCCUUUGAGAAACCAGGAAGCUCUGGCAAUUUGUUGUUGGAUUACCGCUCUAAUAGAGAGGACUGCAUGAACAACAAUUCUCAAAGUAGUGUAGAAAAAAAUUUGAAGGCUUCAUUAAAGGAUGUUGCUACUGGUGCUGAGUCAACAACUCUCGAUCUUUCUGUUUGUGGUAAUGUAUGUCUGAAGAAGUCCUCACAGAAGUACAAAAAUGGUGAUCAAAUUGUGGAUGGAACUUCUGUUAAUUCUCAUGAACCUGAAGAAGUUGGAGCCAUAGCCAUUGGUUCAUUUUGGAAGCAGCAAUGUGACAAUUCAGAGUCCCAGCAACUUGUUUGUCCUCGAAGUCUCCAGUUGAUGGUGAUAAGAAGAAUGCAAGUUGUAGUUCUGUUUUGAAUGGUAUUACGGUUGAGAUUCCUCCCUUUGAUCAAUAUGGAAAGUAUGGUGACAGUGAAUUACCCAGUUCUCAACAGCCUACUGAUUGGACUUGGAGUAUGAUCGGUGGUAUUAUACCAAGUCCUAAUCCUACUGCUCCUAGAAGUACAUGGCAUCGAAAUAGAAGUAGUUCAUCAAUUGGUUAUCAUGCUCAUGGUUGGUCGGAUGGAACGGCUGAUUUCUUCAACAGUUAUUUGGAAAUGGACCUAAGAAGCCACGAACUCAGGUAUCAUACUCAAUGCCUGUUGGAAGUUUAGA